UUCCUUAAACUUUCCAUUAGAUUUGGGUCCAUUUUAUCGAAACCGUAUGAGAUUUCUGGCAAUGUCCGUCUUUUUAGUUAUCGGUGAAGAUGAGCGGGAUUCCUCUUUUUUUAAUAAAAUUCUGCAAGACAUCUGAGACUGAUAGUUAAUUGGCUUUAUGCCAAACGAUUUGUCUUAUCACAGUGUCAGAAUAACAGGAGUCUAAUCUUCCUUUUUUACUAUUUUUUGAAAAAGUGAUUAGUUUUUUUGAUAAAAAUAGGUCCGAACAUUCAUUAAUUAAUAAUUUAAUUUUUUAUGAAUAUAGAUUUCAAAUAUUUACUUUGACAUUUUCUUCUAUUUUUCUUCAAUAAUUAAAAAGUAGAGAAAAGUUCAAGUCUCUUUUCUUUGCGGUGCCAAAAUGGCGACCGCUUCUGCAACUGAUCAAGAAAAGAAAGAAAAUAAGGAAGAAGAAAAGAAAGAAGAAAUUAAAUUAAUCGAAAAUAAAAUUAAAGAAAAUGAAAAAGAAAAAAUUGAAAAAAAUGAAAAAGAAGGAAAAGAAGAAAAUGAUUCUGAACCAGAAAUUAUUAAUUCUAAAAGAGAUUUUUAUGUAAGUACAACAGAAUUAGAAACAGAAGACAGUACUGAUAUAGAUAUACCUAAAAAGAAAUUUGAGAAAAUAAUUAAAAAUAAUUCAACCCCUCCUUUAUCUAAAUCAAAUACAGCAACAGAUUUAACUCUUUCAAUGUCACAAAUUAUUGCUGCAAAGGAGGCUAAAAAGCGACAACAAAAUUCUGUAAUGGGACGUUCAAUUUCUGAAAUAUUGCGAGCAAAAUUAGCAGAAUUGCCAGUCAGAGAAGAGGGCAACUUUACUCUGGGAUUUUCAAAAGUUUUCCACACAAGGACUCGUUUUUUGAUGAUGAUACUUUGUUUGUUGUGUUUAGCCUCUGUUUGGUCAAAUAUUUUGUGUUUUAAUUUUGCUUUAAUUUGUAUUGACCAUGCUGAGGGGAUUGAGAUGGAAGCUGUGGAACAACAACAACAAAUAAAUGGAAGUGAUGGAAGUAUGUCACUAUUGGAGAGUGUAACUGAAAAUGAAAGUUUUGGAACAAAUUCUUCUUUUUCUACUUUGGACAACAAUAAUUCGACACUUAAUAAUAACAGCAAAACACCACCAAGACUACACUUUACUGCUAGACAACGAAUUUUUCUUACGUCAACAGUUGCAUUGGCUGCUUUAAUUUCCAACUUUGCUGUUGUCUCUUUGGUAAACCAUUGUGGAAUCAGAACAGUUUUUGCAUGCUUGGGAAUGCUUUCAGCUUUAUCCACUUGUCUUUUGCCAGCUGCUAUUGAACUUGGGUUUUACUAUGUUUUAGCCUGUCGAUUUCUUCAAGGAAUUGCAUUUUCCGCCAACUUUCCAGUUAUUGGCUCAUUCACUUCAAAAUGGACAUAUUAUAAACAAAACGGCCUUUUCGUUUCUGCCUUAGUUGCCUAUGUUCAAUUAGCACCAGCAAUUACUAUGCCAGUAAGCGGUGCUCUUUGUGAAUUACUUGGUUGGCCUUCAGUUUUCUUUGCGCAUGGUGGUGCUUGUUCUAUUCUUUUCUCCCUAUGGGCCUUAUUUUUUAGAAAUAGCCCAAGUAAUAUUUUUAGUUUCAUGUUGUUUUAAUAAUCAAGAUUUUGAUUAAUUAAAUUUUUUAUUAAAAUUUAUCCACCUAUUAGAACUUGCAAGAAUUUUAAUAGUCAUACUAUUAGCAAAAAAUAUCGUUUAUUAUUAGAGGGUCUUACAAAGAAGAAGCUGUGGAGGUGU